AUGCUAAGAGCUUCGCAGAACAGGACAGGCUCAAGUCGAACGCCAUCUAAUAACCUGCAAGUGAAUUCUUCCCGAUUGCAGUGGACGUCGGGCUGGUCGACAAACGGCAAUUCAUUCGGGUAUGUGAGGCAGGUUCACGACGGUAUUCCUCUCGCGAACGCUGUUGCCAAUGUUGCUUUCAAGGGUGACAACGUAGUCACUUUUGGUAACUCGUUUGUUGACAUCGCCUGA